UACGUUGUUCGCAAAGGAAUACAACAGCAAUUGAACAGGCAGGAGCAACAACCUGUAAUCAUCAAGUGGUAGCUACUUGUGCUGUCCCAGGAAUCAAAUGCCGAGAGCCGAGACCGAGCGACAGAGGAAGGUGUAUUUCUUGGGUAAACAGGAUUCCACGAGAUGACCAAGCAAGAUCACUCGGAUUGGUGCUACCACGGAAUUCGCAGCGGCUGUCUUGUGGUUGGUAUCCUCUAAUAUAUAGGGGCAUUGACAUAGUAGUCACUUAGAGAUAGCGUGUUCAAGUAACGAGAGGUACAUGCGUCGAAUACACCGCGGACACUCAACGAAUCAGCGUGGUGUCGUCUAUCCCACAGCAGCAGAAGUCUUUGAUCGACCCUGAACGCCUGAACGCCACGAGUCGCCCCCCCUUCAUCCGUCUCGCAUACCUCUUCCAGAGUCCUCCGAGCACUGAUAUUCCACAUGGGUGAAGCUGCCAUGGAAAGAGCCCCAGCCUCAGAUGCGAGCGAGGAUCCGGUACUACAAACACUCGAAUACACGGCUCAAGAAGAAUCGACCAGCCCUUCUGAGCCAGAGCUACCUCCUGAGGAGGGUCUCCGGGGCUGGCUCUCCGUAGCAGGGGCCUGGCUAUGCCUGUUCUGCACUUUCGGCUUUCUGGCUGCCAUCGGCGUCUUCCAAACCCACUACCAAGAGACAAUACUACAAGACUACACCCCAGACGCCAUAGCAUGGAUCUUCUCCAUCCAGAUAGCUCUCCUAUGGGCCCCCGGCGCCCUCUUCGGCCGGGUAAUCGACACCUACGGCCCCACCCCCAUCCUCGUCCCGGGUUCGAUCCUCUGCGUCCUGGGCCUGUGCAUGACGAGCCUCUCCACCCGCUACUACCAGAUCUUCCUCUCCCAGGGCGUCGUGUACGGCAUCGGGGCGGGCGGCGUCUUCACGAGCGGGAUGGUCUGCAUGGCGCAGUGGUUCGUCGGCCGCCGGGGGCUCGCCGGCGGGCUGGCCGCCUCGGGGAGCAGCCUCGGCGGGGUCGUGUUCCCGCUCUUCCUGGACCGGAUGAAGCGGCGCGUCGGCUUCCGGGGCGCCCUGCGCUACGCGGCCCUCUUGAUCGGGGCUUGUCUGGCGGUGGCUCUGUUUCUGGUCCGGGCGCGCCUGCCUCGUGCGAAAUGGGAUCCGAAUUCGAAGUGGUUUGAUGUGGCUCUCUUCAAGGAACGGCAGUUUGCUGUCUACACGGCGGGGGCGUUUUUGGCCAUGUGGGGAUUCUGGGGCCCUUUAAACUUCAUCCCAAGUAUGGCACUAGGCGCAGGCUUAGCACAAAGCCCUUCCAUCGAGUUGAUUUCGAUUAUCAAAUCACCUUCUCAACUUCAACAUAAACUUACCAUAGGGUCUCGGCAGUGCCGGAACAGCCCCUGGACGAAUACUGCCUGCUAUCUUUUCCGACAGGGUUGGGAUCUUUCAUGUAAUCAGUGCCUCCACCAUACUAAGUGGGAUACUGAUUAUGGGACUAUGGCUACCAUAUACCAACCAAACCCCGUCCCAUGCUGUGUUUAUAGGCUUUUCCGCAGCAUACGGUCUCGUCAGUGGUUCCUUGGUCUCCUUGCUAAUGCCCUGUGCGGCAAAAGCUGGGAGUUUGCAUACACUGGGUCAGCGCUUUGGCACGUUUCAGGUCAUUAUCUCCCUGAGCUGCCUCACUGGCUUGCCGAUAACAGGAGCUGUUCUGAAUUCACAGCAUAG